AUGCCCAAAAACACCUACAACAAGCAUGACCAUGCAUCCUGGCACCUGGCCAACGUGGGCACGGUCGCCGGUGCCACCCUGCCCAUGCCAAACCCCAUGGGUGGGAUACAGAAUGCUCAGGCGGCGUACAGUAAGCGCCAGUAUCAGGAUAGUUAUCGUUCGGGCAUGAAGCAAGCCGUAUUGAAUGAGGACGCGGCAAACCAGAGACACCGGGAAAUGCAGACUGAUCAAGUGCGGGCGUCGGAAAUGACCUAUGGAAAGAAUGGCUAUACCAAAGAGAACGGGUAUCAUCUGGAUAAAGAUGGCAGGAUGUAUUAUGAUGGUUCCAAACAGUGA